UUUCAGUACACUUUUGGCACUCAGCUGUUCCGGAGCAAACAAAUUUGCCCUUGUAACUUAAUUACUUCGGAGUUCUAAUAGAUUUGUUCCAAUACUUGUAUAAAUUGGAAGUAAUCCGAGACAAACAGGCAAAAAAGUCGUUCCUGUAUUCGUUUCUCCUCUUUUCUUUUGGUAGCACAACGGUGAUGAAUCCAUAAUGCUUUUCGUGUUUACCCCAAGGUAUCAAGGAUGACGGAGUUAGUCACACGAAUAUUAAUGCCGGAAUCCUGCCGGUGCUGUUUGUUGGAGCAAAGCGAAAUGUUCUGUAUUCUUGAUACAAUGGAGGAGUUCGGAAGUACAAUUUGUGACUUAAUCGCCAGUUGCAUCGGAAUAACGAUUACAGAACAUGACGGUUUUUCAAGGAGCAUCUGUAACGCUUGUUUUAAUGAUUUAUCUACAGCCGUGCGUUUUCGGCAGCGCUGUCUGAAAACCGAAGAUAUACUACGAAACACACAAAUUGAUAUUGAAAAACCACAGGUAAAGGAGGCUGGAGAAAUUCAGGGCGCACAACAAGAAGACCAGAAGAUUUUGAAAGAGAUACACUCGGAAUGUAGUUCAACGGAUCACCCAUCAAUCGAUUACCAAAGUAGUGCACCUGGGUUAUCAUCACAAAUGAAAGAUGUCGAUAUCGAGCCCAUUAAGUUGGCGGUGCAACCAGCAGCGAAGCCUCGAAGACAUCACCCAGGUGGACCACACAAAUGUGACCUGUGUGGCAAAGUCUUUAACAGAGCUAAUUACCUUAGCAAACAUCUUCGGAUUCACACCGGCGAACGACCCUAUAAAUGCACUUUUUGUCCCCGUUCGUUCGUGGCCAGCGAUAAUUUCAAGAAGCACAUACGUCUCCAUACUAAUAACAGACCACAUAAGUGUGAUCUGUGUGACAAACGAUUUGUAAGCAAUAGUUUACUAACAAGACAUAAAAUUUCUCAUACCAGUGAACAAACCUAUCGGUGCGACGUAUGUGGGAAGGAUUGCUCAUCAAACAUUCAUCUGUACAAUCAUCGAUUUGUUCACACCGGCGGGCGUAGAUUUGGAUGCACACUUUGUGACAAAAUUUUUGCCGUUCGUAGUAAACUCAACAAGCACAUGUUGACGCAUACAGAUGAAAAACCGUUUCAGUGCGAUAUUUGCGGAAAAAAUUUCAAAAGGGAAGAUGGUCUAAAAAGCCACCUGCGUGUUCAUGUCGGACCUCAGAGGUGCGAUAUAUGUGGUGAAGAGUUCCUCAAAGCUUUUCCAUUUAAGCUCCAUCGAAAAAUGCACAGUAUUGUUGGGAACAUACCUCCAAAGAAUGAGUUUGCAUAAGUUUACAUAGAAAUAGCGAGAAGUAAAUUGGAUAAUGUAGAUACAGAACAUUAGAUUAGGAUUGCAGCUAGUGGUGUUGCUUGCUCUAUCUAUUUCGCUCUCGUAGAGCGCCCAUUUUUUACACCUAUACCGAAUGAUCCGCACAGCCAUAAUCUUAGUUAAGUAUUUCGAGUCUACUCAUAAUGCUGAAAUAAAUCUAUCUUAUAUAA